AUGGCCAACCGACGAAGUCUUAAUGCUCGCAAUCUACCAAUUGAAGUAAAACGAACUAACUACAAAAGCCGUUUCGCUGAAGGGGACACAGCAAAGAUGUCUUUGGUGAUUUUCGAUGAUGGUUUAAAAAGGAGUAGUCAUUUGAAGUACAGAGGACGACGAGUUGGCGUUUCUGACGUUAUUUAUAAGAAUUUAAAAAGAAGACAAAACCUCAAGGAGGCGUUAUCGCUCGAUAUAAAUGAAUUCCGGACCUCUUCUGUCUGUCCAAAUUGCAAAGAAAUGAAGCUUAGAACUCAUAGAGUUGACGACAAAUCUUUCUUUAAUAUAUUGAUCUGCAACGUUUGUAAUAUUUUAUGGAAUAGAGAUAUCCUCGCUGCAAAAAAAAAUAUGAUGUUCAUCGCAUGUCAGAUCUGGGCUAAUAUGGAACGACCAGUUGUUUUUACACGUCAAAACAGACAACGCACCACAUAG